UGCGGCGAGACGGAGCUCUCCUCUUCUUCCUCCUCCUCCUCCUCCGCCGCCGCCGCCCCGGAGAGCCGCGCAGCGGGGCAGGGCGCAGGCCCCCAGCAGCGCAGCCUUCCCCUCCGCUCCGCGCCCGCCCAGCCAGCCCCACCGACGGACUCGCGGCUCCGUGGCGGCCAUGGAGCACCGCGGCGCCUCCCCGCUCCUCCUGGCCCUCGCCCUCCUCAGCGCCCUCUGCUGGCGGGCGCGGGCGCUGCCCCCGCGGGGGGCCGCCUUCCCCCCCGUCCCGCGACUGGGAAACAGAAUGCCAUUUGAUGGAGCCAGUGAACCUGACCAUGCCCACGGGUCAUUAAAGUCUGAAUCGGGCAUUUUGCAGAACACACUACCUGAAAAUGAGAAAUUCUAUUUUGAUCUGUCCAGAAUUAUUGAUAGAAAUGCAAGGCAUGCUGAUGGAAUUUUCACCAGUGUCUACAGCCAUCUUUUGGCUAAACUUGCUGUGAAGAGAUAUCUGCAUUCGCUUAUUAGAAAACGAGUUAGCUCCCAGGAGAGUCCUGUCAAACGCCACUCUGAUGCUGUCUUCACUGACAACUACAGCCGCUUUAGAAAGCAAAUGGCUGUGAAGAAAUACUUAAACUCAGUUUUAACUGGAAAAAGAAGCCAGGAAGAGCUAAACCCUGCUAAACUUCGAGAUGAAGCAGAACUUCUUGAACCUUCCUUUUCAGAAAACUAUGAUGCUGUAGAUGAGCUGCUGAGCCACCUCCCACUGGACCUCUGAGGGACACCUGGUAAAGUCUAUGACAAGAACAAGCUAUUUUUGAGUUCCACAUAGUAUUUCAAAGAGAUGACUUCGGUCAUCAAACCAGAACAAAUAUGUUGUGAAGUGAAAGUUGUGAUAUAUUUGUUUCUUAUGUAAUAAAAGUUGAUAUUUACAUUGUAAAUACUACUCUAGAGUUCUCUACUGAAAGCUGUACAUAUGGAUGCCAGUUUAACUCAUGAGAAGUCUGUGAGUCCAUAUGCUGUAAAUCCUUUACUUCAAUAAAUUCAUU